AUGAAGCGAAAUGCUUACCUCUGGCUGCUCAAUCUCCUAAUAUUAGCGGCUUCAUCUCCUGGGUCCGGCUAUAACGCUAAAGUGCUUGCGUUUCAACAAUCUGAUAUCAGUUUACGGAAGGAUGUGAGGGAUUACCUCAAUGCUAUAUCACCGACCGAAUGGACAGAAUUUCUAGCGUCUGGAGUUGAUUCAAUAAACAGACAAAAAAGGCUGGAGGACACUCUCUUAAGCUCCGACAUCACAGUUAAAAAUGGCUCUAUCUCACACACCCAGCUGCUGGACACUCUACCGAAUGAACAGUCAACGCUCGACAGUGAAAUCGCCCUCAAAAUCCUAAAGGGAAGUCUCUUUAUGUAUAACAGCAAGUGCCUGCCCAGAGGUAUCAGCGGAGACGAGUGCUGGACGUUCCUGGCGACUAAGCCACUGCCCGAAGGAAGCGCCCUAAGCGUCGAGUGCAACCGGUUGCUGAACAGCCCACGCACGGGCCAUCACGCCUUUAGGCGCCUGCUCCCGCGCCACUACAAGAAUGGCUUCCAUGAGAUGUUUGGAGAGGAUAAGCUGCCUGGGGCUUGGUCUAUAAGCAUGGCGCUGUAUGAUCGGGAUAGUGACUCUCGAUCCAUAACUGGAGCAGGAAGAGCCCCUAGCGCUGACGACAAUAAACACUCCAACUUAGUUCUUGUACAGUUUGCGCAGUUUGUGGAGCACGACAUGAGCAAGCCCGUUUCCCAGUCGAUGAGCAAUGGAUAUCCGAUUGAAUGCUGCAAUCGCAACCAGAACAAUCUACAGCCCCGCUUCCACCAUCCUCUGUGCGCGCCAAUUCUAUACAAUGACAAAAAUAACUGGCCCAAUUGCCUGAACUAUGUGAGAAGCGCGCUUGCUGUGGGCGAGAGGUGCACCUUUGGCGCUGCUGAGCAGCUGAACCAAGCUACUGGCAACCUGGAUCUUUCUCAGCUCUAUGGCAUCACUGACGUCGCUGAGCGCAAACUGCGAACGUUGACUAACGGCGCCCUGAAAUCCACCUCGAGCGAAAACCUGUUGCCAACGUCGCCGGACGAUGAGGAUCACAGAUUUUGCGCUUGGGAAAGCAGUGCCAAUUCGACGACUUGCUUCACUGCGGGCGACUCACGUGUCAACAGCAGUCCCCUCUCCAUUCUGAUCUACACGAUCUUCAUGAGGAACCACAAUCGCAUUGCUGCGGAGCUGCUUACCCGGCACAAUAACUGGAGCGAUGAACAAUUAUUCCAGGCAGCCAAGGCCGUAAAUAUCGACAUUUAUCGGCGCAUCGUUGUGAGGGAGUGGCUAACUGAAGUACUGGGCAAUGAUGCGGCCGCUGAGGUACUUGCCACGCCCCCAGCAUCACCUGACGAGAGACUUCCGGAGGUGUCUAAUGAGUUCGCAGUGGCUGCCAUUCGUUUCUAUUUCUCAAUGCUUCCCAAUGUACUCCACAACUUGGCCGCCACGAACGAAGUUGCCCCAUCUAAUAAUAAUAUUCUUCCGCUUACAAAUCUAUUUGAGCUGAAAAAUGAAGUAUACAGACCCCAACUACAAUAUACUUCCAAGAAACUGAACGAAAUAUUGCUGAGUCUGCUGCAUGAGCGAUCCAUGAAAAUGGAUCCCUUCUACGUGGGCGCUAUUGUGUGGCAUGAGCCGACAAAACCAACACAUGCCGAUGUCUUAGCAUUUGACAUUCAAAGAGGACGAGACCACGGACUACAGCCUUAUUACAAGUACUUGGAAGCAUGCGGCAAUAAGAAAAACAUUGCGGGUUGGAUAGAUUUCGAAUCCGUCAUCCCAAAAACGAUCGUAGAUAAACUGAGGACUAUAUACCGAAGCUGGAGAGAUGUGGAUCUAUUAAUCGGAGGAAUUUCAGAGCAGACUGUUGACGGAACUGUUGGGCCAACUUUUAAGUGUAUUCUGGCUGAGCAAUUCUCGAAAAUACACCAGCGUCAUCAGCAGCGGAAAUUGCCAACUGACGACACUCUGCUGAGGGUGUACAGUUCCAUAAACGGAACGAAGCUGUUGUGCCUGAACUCAGAUAUGUUGUCUGUGCCCCAAAAUAUAUUCCAACUGCAGUCAAACAGCAAUCCCCUGGUUAAAUGUAACGAUAUUGUAUAAUUAACUGACUGGAGAGCUGCGAGACCAAAUAUGAAUCCAACUUAAAUCAAGAUGAUUUUCGAUGUUGUUCCGAAGUACAAGCCAUAACUCAUCAUACUGAACUAAUUGUUAAACAUUAGAUAUAUAUUCAAUAAAUCUUAUAAAUCCACAGAA